CUAAAAAUUGCAAAUUGCAAGUGUGCAACAAAGUACUUGACUUAUCCUUACCGCCCUAAGCCUCUCUUGUUCUCGCUCUCCCUUGCUCGUUUCUCUCUACCUCUGGCUCCCACAUCUUAGCACAGACAAACGGAGAGCUAGUUUGGAAAUUGAGCCAUGGCAUCCCAGAUAAUUAGAGAAUGGGCUGGAAUAAAUAGCUUCGCACCUGCCACCCAGACUAAGUUGCUUGAAUUGCUGGGAAAACUGAAGCAAGAGAAUGUGAACAGUUUGACCAUUCUUGUGAUGGGGAAAGGUGGAGUUGGAAAAUCAUCCACUGUCAAUUCACUCAUUGGUGAAAGGGCUGUUUCUAUAAGUCCUUUUCAGUCUGAAGGAACAAGAGCUGUGAUGGUUUCACGUUCAAGGGCAGGGUUUACAUUGAACAUCAUUGACACCCCCGGGCUUAUAGAGGGAGGAUAUGUUAAUGACAUGGCACUUAAUAAUAUAAAAAGUUUCCUUCUGAACAAGACCAUAGAUGUGCUACUCUAUGUGGAUCGAUUGGAUGCAUAUCGGGUGGAUAACCUGGAUAAGGAGGUUGUCAAAGCCAUAACGGAUAGUUUUGGUAAAGGAAUAUGGAAUAGGGCUUUGGUUGUCCUGACACAUGCUCAGCUCUCACCACCAGAUGGUUUGCCUUAUGAAGAGUUUGUCUCCAAAAGAUCUGAAGCUCUUCUAAAAGUUGUUCGUCUUGGUGCUGGGUUGAAAAAACAGGAUGCACAGGCUUCAAGUAUUCCUGUUGUUUUGGUUGAGAACAGCGGGAGAUGUAACAAGAAUGAAGGUGAUGAAAAGGUUCUUCCCAAUGGAACUGCUUGGAUACCUCAUUUAGUCCAAACAAUCACAGAAGUCAUCUUGAGUGGCAGCAAGUCGAUCUAUGUUGACAAAAAGUUGAUUGACGGGCCAAACCCUAAUGAGAAAGGAAAGUUUUUAAUUCCUCUGAUCUUAGCAAUCCAGUAUUUCUUUGCCAUUAAACCGAUUGAACGAGCAAUCAAGAAUGAUAUUGCCAAAGAGAGUAGACCAUCGUGGGAGAUGCGGGAUUCCGGUGUAGCUGGUCGCAAGUUUUGAUUUGGUCUUGGGCCAUCUAUUCUCUUGAAAGUUUUACUGGUGUUUUCGUGUUCCGAUGCUGAUCAUCUAUCUUUUCUUUUCUUUUUUCCUUUUUUCUUUUGCCUUUUUCCGGGUAGCAGUUAAAGUAGUCAGUUGUGAGAUUCUGCAGUAUGAGUAUUCUGCGGCAUAUGGAUGUUGUCUUGAGGAAUCAGAUUUUGUACUGUAAUUAGCACAUCCUUUAUGUUAUUUGUGUUGCCAUAUAUUAAGUGUUGCAUGUGUGAAA